AUGUCUUCUUUGAACUCCACCAGCCCCUCCCACCCCCCCUCCUUCCUCCUGCUUGGCAUUCCUGGGCUGGAGAAGCAGCAGUUCUGGAUUGCCUUCCCCUUCUGCAUCAUGUACGCCAUAGCUGUGCUGGGCAACAUCAUCCUUCUCAUCGUCAUCAAGACAGAGUCAAGCCUGCAUGAGCCCAUGUACCUCUUCCUGGCCAUGCUGGCCUUCACUGACCUGGUCCUCUCUACAUCCAUGCUGCCCAAAACGCUCGCCAUCUUCUGGUGGGGCUCCAGGGAGAUUGGCUUUGUUUCCUGCCUUGUUCAGUUGUUCUUUGUGCACACCUUCACAGCAGUGGAGUCAGGCGUGCUCAUGGCCAUGGCCUUGGAUCGCUACUUUGCCAUCUGCCAUCCCCUGCGGCACUCCAGCAUCCUCUCCAUGCCGGUGGUGGCAGCUCUGGGGAGCCUGGUGCUGCUGCGUGGAGUCCUCAUGGUGAGUCCCAUGUGCUUCCUGCUCCAUAGGAAGGCCUUCUGCCAGCAUCGUGUCAUCUCCCAUUCCUACUGUGAACACAUGGCCGUGGUGAAGCUGGUAUGUGAGGACACCAGAGUCAAUGCUGCCUACGGCCUCUCUGUGGCCUUGUCAGUGAUAGGAGCUGAUCUCACGGUGAUUGUUGUGUCCUACACCAUGAUCCUGCGAGAGAUAACGAAGCUGUCAUCAUCAAACACACAGCUCAAGACCUUUAACACGUGUGUAUCACAUGUCUGCGUCCUCCUCACAUUUUAUGUCUCUGGCCUCUUCACAUUCCUGGCCCACCGGUUUGGACACAGCAUCCCUCAGCACAUCCAUAUAUUGGUGGCCAACCUCUACAUGCUGGUGCCCUCCACUUUAAACCCCAUCAUUUAUGGGCUGAGAACCAAGAAACUCAGGAACAAGAUAGUUGUCCUCUUCCAGCAAAGGAGAAUCUGA